AUGGAGAAUGAUGGAAUGGACGAGAGUGAUCCAGGCUCCGGCUGGUUAGAAGUUAAAAAGGUGAACCCCAUGGUUUCUCUUUUGUUUGUUGUCGUUCCUUUUCCAUCAGGUCUGCGGCAUUGCCGUCACCAUCAUCAUCUUCCGGCGUCUUCGUCCCAUUUUCACCAUUCGUCGUGACUCUACUGACCAAACCUGUGGAUCCACAUCUCCAUCAAGUUUAAGCACUCACUACAUUGUCAGGGUGUCGCUGGACCUCCAUUCACCUUAGUCUAGUUUUCCUUUAGUUUUUAAUAACGCAGCAUGAUAUUGCUUGUCGCUCGAUUGGAAAUAAUUAUGCAGGAGUGUUCCAUUAUCGCGCCAGAUCCGUCUUCAUACUCUUUGUUGAUCCAUCUCCUUUUUGGAAUUUCAUGUGUGCCAAUUUUCUAUUCACUUAUAAUGUAUCAUACGACAGUGAUCUCAUUCUCAGAAUUUUUCUUUUUCCCAGAAGCAUAGAGGUAGCUCUAAGUUCUCCGUGCAUUCUGCCUCUGGAGCAUCUUCUGGCAAAACUUACUCUGCUAGUCCACAUCCCCGAGAAGGUGGAAAUCCAUGCCAGGGACAUCAUCCCAAACACCCGAUACGGUACCCGGGUAGCAUCGCCCAUGCAAAUGCAUCAAAUGGGAGCAUUGACCCCGCUGCAUCAGGAGUUGAUAAAGUGUUCAUCAGUCAAGAUUAUUCUUCUUGCAAGGGUACAGAAUUAAGCGGUGGGACAACAAUUACUUCAGAGGUUAAAAAAGAGGAAGGCUUUGUUGAAGUUUCUAAAAUUAAAUGGGGUGAUCUUGAUGAUGCUGCUUUGAUUCCGAACAAGUGCAAUGUAUAUUCGCCGGGAACUUCUAAGGUCGGAUGUGGUCAUGAUGCUUUAUUGGACGAUGAGGCUGCUGUAAUUUUUUACGCGUUGAAAUCUGGUGCUCCUCAUUCCCGUUUGGAAGAGGGAAGGGCUGCAGCGACAUCCGAGGAUGCAGAGCCAUGCCCAGAUGAAAUGACUUCUAAAUCUGUCACGGAAGAAUCCCUUGAGGAAAACUGCAGGGAGGUCAAUGAGAUUCCUCCUGAAAAUUUAAAUUUAAUUGGUUUCAAUGGAGAAGUUUCUUGCUCGAAUGAUGUGGCUGCAAGUUUUGGGAAAGCUCAUGACAAGUUAACAGAGUCAUCUCAGCAUGAAGGCGAAGAUGAUUCAGCAGUGGCAACCACAUCUGGUGCACCCUACCCUUCUGUGACAUCUAAGGAGGUGAUGAUGCCUGAACCUGAGGGACCUAGUGAUCAACUCCAGGAUGCAGUGCUAAAUAUUUCCAUGACACCCAUCGUUGGCAACACGUCGCAUAUGUCUUCUUCAUUUCAGGACUUUAUUCCACGUGGAAAUCAUGUUUGCCUAACAAAAGAUGAUUUAGCUGUUGUCAAUGAGGAACAAGUUUCUUUGCAGGAGGGUUUAGCGGUCGUGGAUGAUCCUGGAGGAGUUGGAGUGGAAGAGAGCAAAGAAAGAUUCCGGCAAAGACUCUGGUGUUUUCUUUUCGAAAAUCUGAACAGAGCAGUUGAUGAACUUUAUCUUCUUUGUGAGUUGGAAUGUGAUAUGGAGCAAAUGGAGGAGGCUAUUUUGGUUCUUGAUGAAGCUGGUUCUGAUUUCAGAGAACUGAAGUCCAGGGUGGAAGGCUUUGAAAGCAGUAAAAGGCUUCCUUCUCAAAUGACAAGAGAUGGGAUGACUGUGAAUGCAAGGACAGACCACCGCAGGCCACAUGCUCUGUCUUGGGAGGUAUGCCUACAGAUAUCGGACAGUUUUUUUUUCCUUGAUAAUAAUGAUUAUUAAUGUGUUGAUAAUUCUUAUGAUUCCCUUGAAUAAUCAUGUGCAAGCUGGCAGUGGCCUGGUCACCUUGUUGUGUAAAAAAAACAAGGUUGAAACUGAACGGAUGCAUGAACUUAGUACGAAUAGGCCUAUUCAUACUAUAUCUGGGAUGUAUGUCGAAAGAUGUAAACAUGCACUGUUCCUGCGUCCCCCUGCUACAUUUUUGGCAGUUGAAACACAUGUUCGUGUCCACACUCAUCCCCUCCCCCUCCAGUCCCCACUUCCACCCGAAGCAAACCUAAGCUCCUCAAAAUAAUCGGUUGGACAGUGAUAAAAAAUUCUUUUAGUCAGGAAUGGUUGAGUUGAAUUGUUUUUUGCACCAAUGCAAAAUGGGUUUUAUGCCAUCAUUUUUCGCAACACAUUAUUCCUUUUAACUGGUUCCUAUACCACCCAUAAGUGCGUCAAUUGAUUGUGAUUUGGUAUGAUUGCAGGUUAGGAGAAUGACCACAACACCUAACAGAGCAGAAAUACUUUCUUCGUCCAUAGAGGCUUUCAAGAAAAUUCAACAGGAAAGAGCUGAUAGCUAUAUACUUCAGGAUUUGGAUAUCUUGGGUUGUGCAGACUCUUCUCAACACAAAUCCGACAAAUUCAAGGACGAUUUAACUGGAACAAAGGAUAUACGACCAAAUCAUAAAAUUUUUCCUGAGAGAGAUGAUGUACAACCAAGCAAAAGAGUUCCUAGUGCUAAACAAAGGAAGCAGAUUGGAGAUAUAGCUGUUGUACAGAGAAAUACUGUUAAUGGGGUCUUAUCUCUUCCCGUUUCAAAUUCAUCACGAGUCCCUAUGAAGGUUGGUUCCAGAAAUUCGUCUGGGAUGGGUAAAGAGGACAAACUGGAGCAUGUUAUUGGAGCAGAGAAGCAACCACCUGACAAUGACAGAGCUCUGAAUGAGAUUAAGGUAGAGAAACAAAUAAAAUCUCCAGAGACACUAAAAAAACAUAGCCUUGUGAGUGAUAAGGAGAAGGAAAAGCAAAAUCUGGUUCCAUGGAAAACAAUGGAUGCUUGGAAGGAGAAAAGAAACUGGGAAGAUAUACUUAGAUCCCCAAUGAGAACCUCAUCACGCGUCUCUCAUUCACCUGGUGUAGGCAGAAAAAGUGUGGACCGUGGACGUGUUCUGCAUCAUAAACUGAUGUCUCCUGAAAAGAAAAAAAAGACCACUUUGGAUGUGAAAAGGGAAGCGGAAGACAGACAUGCACGUGCAAUGAGAAUCAGAAAUCAACUUGAAAAUGAGAGAGUGCAGAGGCUACAGCGGACCUCAGAGAAACUGAAUCGUGUCAACGAAUGGCAAGCUGUUCGGAGUUUGAAGUUGCGUGAGAGGAUGCAUGCUCGCCAUCAGCGUAGUGAAUCCCGCCAUGAAGCAUAUUUAGCCCAGGUUGCUAGAAGAGCUGGCGAUGAAAGCAGUAAGGUCAAUGAGGUCAGGUUCAUUACAUCAUUGAAUGAAGAAAAUAAAAAGUUGAUACUGCGCCAGAAACUCCACGACUCCGAAGUAAGGCGUGCUGAGAAAUUACAGGUGAUUAGAACAAAACAGAAGGAGGAUAGUGCGAGGGAAGAAGCUGUCUUAGAACGUAAAAAGCUCCUUGAAGCUGAAAAACUGCAGCGUAUCGCUGAGACACAACGGAGGAAAGAGGAGGCAAAAGUAAGAAGAGAAGAGGAACGAAAGGCGUCUAGUGCAGCACGUGAAGCAAGGGCUGUAGAGCAACUUCGGCGAAAAGAGGUCAGAGCUAAAGCUCAGCAAGAGGAAGCCGAAAUGUUGGCCCAGAAGUUGGCAGAGAGACUCAAGGAAAGUGAGCAACGUCGGAAAUUCUACUUAGAACAAAUACGUGAAAAGGCAUCAAUGGAUUUUAGAGACCUAACUUCACCUUUACUCCGACGUUCUUUCAGCAAGGAGGGGCAAGGGCGACCUAUCCCUGUUAACGGUGUUGAGGAAUAUCAAGCGGCAUUCAAUUUGAGUACUGGGGGUUCUUCUAUGGGACCUGGAGAUGGCACAUUGCAUACAUCAUUGAAGCGCAGAAUUAAGAAAAUCCGUCAACGGCUUAUGGCUCUCAAGUACGAGUUUAGUGAACCUUCAUUGGGUGCCGAAUUCGGUGGCAUUGGAUAUAGAUCUGUGAUGGGAGCUGCAAGGGCAAAAGUUGGAAGGUGGCUUCAAGACCUUCAAAGGCUUCGCCAGGCAAGGAAAGAAGGCGCUGCAAGCAUUGGAUUAAUUGUUGUGGACAUGAUAAAGGUAUGUGCACUUGUGCAUUUUUUUUUUUCUUCGUUUCUAAUGAAGUGAUUCCAUGGCGCAUCCCAUCUUUUUUUUUUCUUCGCUUGUAGAAGUCUUAUAUUAUCAUCAAAUCUUCCUCAAAAUAAAAUCAAAAAUAUUCUGUUGAUAUGGCCAUUAUUGCCUGUCUGUGUUUUUUCCUUUCCACAGUAUUUAGAGGGGAAGGAACCUGAAUUGCAUGCAUCCCGGAAAGCAGGUUUAAUUGAUUUCAUAGCUUCUGCGCUGCCUGCCUCUCACACUUCGAGGCCUGAAGCAUGCCAGGUUACAAGAUAUCUUUUACGACUCCUGCAAGUGGUUCUGUCAAUGCCCACAAAUCGGAGUUAUUUUCUUUCUCAGAAUCUAUUGCCUCCUAUUAUUCCGAUGUUAUCUGCUUCUCUUGAGAAUUACAUCAAGAUAGCAGCCUCUUCGAAUCUUUCUGGAACCUCCACCAUCCUCUCAAAUAAAACAUAUGUUGAGAAUUUGGAAUCAAUUGCUGAAGUACUUGAUGGUUUCUUGUGUACUGUUACAACAAUAUUGGGUCACAUUCACUCUGAUGACCUGCAACUUCAAAUGUAUAAUGGUUUGGUGGAAUUGGUUGUUUCUUAUCAAAUCAUCCAUCGCCUUCGUGACCUUUUUGCCCUUUAUGAUAGGCCCCAGGUAGAGGGAUCUCCAUUUCCUUCCUCCAUUCUUUUGAGCCUGAACCUGUUGGCAGUCUUGACCUCUAGAUCUGGAAUGGUCUCAUCAAUUGAUUGGGAAUCUUACCUAUUUAAUACAUUCCCAGAAACUGGUAGAAAAGGAGAUAUUCUCGGAAAAGAUUCGACCAGCUGGUGUACUGGAGACAUUGCUAUUGUACGUGAAAACUCUCAGAAUCUUAAUUCAGCAACAGUUUCAGAACCUGUUUCUGCUGCAGUUGAUCACUCUGGCCGGACAAACAGGGGGGAAGAGUCUUCACAGGACGUUAUAUCCCUGUUAAAUGUCCCAGACAUUCACAUGUCUGAUGGGAAUCGUCAGAAUAAGGUGUCUGAUAUCUCACAUGAUGUGGAAGGCAUUGAAGUUACUUCUUCUAUGAGUUCUAAAUUUAACCCAGGCAAAAGUGCAAGUGUUAUCUCAGAGGAACAUUCUGAAAUUAUUGUGCUGUCGAAAAUUGAGAACCACAAUACAGAUGUCAGAGAUGAAAGAUGUAAAAGAUGGGAACCGAUGAUAUCAGUUACUGAUGAGUGCAGAAAGGAGGUGAUGCUGAAGCAACCUGAAACGCUCCUUAUUUCAGCCAUCUCUGAAACAGGUCUCGUCAGUCUUCCUUCUCUUUUAACAGCUGUGCUCCUGCAGGCAAACAAUAGAUUGUCAUCAGAACAGGUAUGUACAUUCAGGCUUACAACAAAUUGCCCUUCGUUUUCUCCAUGUCUGUCACAAUUCAUUUUCUCGGUACUUGUGAUACAUAUUUAUUGAAUUACAUUAAUUCACGAUAGAGAACUCAGAAGUCUGUUUUCCUAAAACGCGAGCUAUCUGAUGCUGGCCUAAUUUUUUUUUAAUCUUAAAUCACACUGUUUAUGGAUGAGUUUUCUGAAUAUGAUAACACCAUGUUUUUGGGACAUGAAGACAUUCCUAGUAAGUAAUGAAUCUUCUUAAACCAGUCGGUGAUAUGUACCCUAUUCUGUAGACUACUAAUAACAGUAGUACCUGAGCCAAAAUCUUAUGUCUUGAUGGUUUGAUCGUUCAAAGAUGGUUGAUUAGUCAGUGUGAAAGAACCACAAAAUCCCAAAAGGCAUCUUAACACAAUUAUUUAUGAUGCGAGGGAAUUUCAAAACUUGGGGUGUCCAGAGGAAAAUGUUAGUAUGCCCCCGACACACCUUGCUUAUCAUUUAUCCCCUAUUUAAACAUAUUCUGAAACUAUGUAUCAUAUUUUUCUAGGCCCAAUAUCAUAUGCUAAAGACCCACUCUUGUCUUCGCCCAUGUAUCGUCCAUGAAGCUAAAACGACGAGUCCAGACUUUCUUAGACCAGUGAACUCCAAGUUCUCUGCUCCAUCUAGAAACACCACGAUCGGCACUUGGAACAGGGCUUGAUGUGAAGCUUAGAUUUCAGCGAAAUAAUCUCCCGGAUUUUGACUACAAUGGGUCGUCAUAAUACAUUUGUAAUAGAACCAAGAAGAAGACCAUGUAGAUGCUUUGUGGAAUAAAGGGAAUGUUUUGGGUUCCUCAAUGUUGGUGACCAAAUGUUGAAAAGGUUACCUUGUAGAAGGUUUGUUGUAAUCACUACAUUACCUUGUAGCGGAUCAUUUGUCCUGUGUAUGGUCAGUCCCAUGUUUUCUGCACUUGCUUAUCCAUUAUUAAUACAAAUGAUAAAAUUCUAAUCGUCCUGUUGACCAAUGGGAUCACUUGACAAUUGCCCAAUAUUUCUUUUUUUUUUUUGGUGCAGAUUUCUCUAUGAUCUGGUGCGAAUUCUUUUAAUCUGGGUAAAAUGUGUGGAUCUUUUGACUCCAAAUUCCUUUGAUCUUCUCUGCUAAACGCAUACUUAUUAACUUAAAGACUGAACAUCUAGAGAUAUUACAUUAAUCUUGUCCGUGAAGAGCUAGAUUUGCUGCAGUUCUGGCGCUUCUGACGAUUAGUGUCUAUUUCUCUUGUAAUUCUGCAUGCUAUUUUUCUGUAGUCUACCUCUGGUGGCACUGUUGUUCUUUGAUUGUUUGAUACCGUAUAUUUUUCCAGACUGCAUAUGCUCUUCCGUGUAAUUUCGAAGAAGUGGCAACCGGUGUCUUGAAGGUCUUGAACAAUAUUGCUCUCCUCGAUAUUACUCUUCUGCAGAAUAUGCUAGUAAGCCUCCAUUAUUCGUUUUUUUUUUUUUUUUUUUUUAAAGCUUUGCAGGGAGGAGAAAUUCUCAACUGUCUCAUAUCAUUUGAUGUUUUUUUCUGGCACUAGCUGUCUCAUUUCAUUACAUGCUAUGGAUUAUUUCUCCAUUCAUUCAAUACUUCAUUAAUAUGCGCAGGCUAGGCCUGAUCUACAGAUGGAAUUCUUCCACUUGAUGAGUUUUCUUCUCUCUCAUUGCAAUAGCAAAUGGAAAGGAGCUAACGAUCAGGUGACCUGCCACUGUAAAUUUUGCUGAUUUGAUACUUUGCUCUUAUUAUCACAACAUUUUCUGGGUUUUCCCGUUGAUUUUGGUGCUAAUAUUUAGUGGAUACAAUAGGAUAGUGAUGAUCCCAUACCUCUGACCAUACUAGAGAAGCAUUUUCCUAUAAAUGGCCAUGAUUUUGGCCAUUGACCUUUAGGAAACUCCGGCUUCAAGUUUUUUUUUUUUCCCCUUUUUUUUUAACAGGUGGGCUUUCUACUUCUCGAGUCUCUUCUUCUUCUUGGCUACUUUGCUCUGUUCCAUCCAGGAAAUCAAGAAGUUCUUCGCUGGGGCAAGAAUCCAACAAUCCUACACAAGGUAAGCUGACCACGUCUGUACAGUUUUUACCCUCUUUGACUUUUGCAGUUGUUUGCAAAACCUAAUUUGGCUUCUGGUUGAGAACAGGUCUGCGAUUUGCCAUUUGUGUUCUUCAGUGACCCAGAGUUGACGCCUAUAUUGGCCGGCACGCUUGUGGCCGCUUGCUAUGGAUGUGAGCAGAAUAGAGAUGUGGUGCAGCAGGAACUAAGUAUGGAGAUGCUGCUCACAUUGCUCCGGUCUUGCAGACAAGAGCUACAACGCUGCAGACCCACUUCAUUGAUGCUGGAUUCUCAACUGUCUGAUGUUCCAGUUCGUGGCAACCAGAUAGCUGUAGAAUAUAAAAGGCCUUCAGGAGACUUUCCCUCGCGCACCAACGGGAGGGGCGCCCAAGCUAUGGCCGGAAGAGUUGUCUCUGGUAGCAAUGUGAAAAUCAGUAGAGUUAAAAACCACAGAGAUGGUAAGCUAAGAACAUGCGACGAUUGGGCUCUCAAGCACAACCUACCAGCUUCGGGUGUGGCUUCUUCUUUCAUGUUGCACAGUAGACUUCCCAGCGUCUUAAUAGACAAGGCAGAGGAAUUCUUUCUAGCUGGGAUUCCGAAAGAACCAGCUUGA